AUGGCAAAAUUGUGGCAGUUCCUAUGGGCUUUUCGGAAGUAUCUGAUGUGUGUCCUGUUUCCAAUCUUGCUGCUGCCCCUGCCCGUCCUGGUCGAAGGAAAGGAAUCCAAAUGUGGCUACACUAUCAUCCUCAUGGCGCUCCUGUGGUGCACAGAGGCCCUGCCGCUGGCGGUGACUGCCUUCUUCCCCCUCAUCCUCUUCCCUAUGAUGGCCAUCAUGGAUGCAUCAGAGGUUUCUGUCGAGUAUUUGAAUGACACCAACAUCCUCUUCAUCGGUGGCCUGCUGGUGGCCAUAGCUGUUGAACAAUGGAACCUGCAUAAGCGAAUUGCUCUCCGUGUCCUCCUCAUCGUUGGCGUGAGGCCAGCAUUCUUGAUCCUGGGCUUCAUGAUCGUCACAGCAUUCCUGUCCAUGUGGAUCAGCAACACCGCCACCACAGCCAUGAUGGUGCCCAUCUCCCAUGCUGUCCUGGAGCAGCUUCACAAAACCCCAGAGCAGAAGGACGAGGAGGUGGGCAACGUCAACAACUCCUUUGAGAUCCAGGAACCCGAUAGCACCGUCACUGAGAAAGAACCUCCAAGGCUGGAUAUCAGCCCUGCCCCAGCACCAGUGCUCCUGGAUAACCGUGAGAAGGAAAGAGAGCAGCUCAAAUUCUCCCAGGGCAUGAGCCUUUGUGUCAGCUAUGCUGCCAGCAUUGGGGGCAUAGCCACACUGACGGGCACCAGUCCCAACCUGGUGUUACAGGGACAAGUCAACUCGCUCUUCCCAGACAACCCCGGUGUGGUGAACUUUGCUUCCUGGUUCGGUUUUGCCUUCCCCAUCACGGUCAUCCUAUUGUUACUAUCCUGGAUGUGGCUCCAGCUCCUGUUCUUGGGAUUUAACUUGCGGAAGAACUUCAGCUGUGGAGGGCAGGCUCGAGAAAAGGAGAAAGCAGCAUACCAAGUCAUCCAGACUGAACAGAAGAAGUUGGGCCCCAUGACUGUUGCUGAGAAACUCGUCACUGUCCUGUUUGUUCUCCUAGUAGUCCUGUGGUUCACGAGAGAGCCUGGCUUCUUCCCCGGUUGGGGCAGUGUGGCCUUUCCUAACGAAAAGGGGGAAAGCAUGGUCUCAGACGGCACCGUGGCCUUCUUCAUCGGCAUCCUCCUGUUUAUCAUACCCUCAGAGCUCCCUGGCUCCCAGCAGCAGGGUAAGUAUUUGGGGAAGUUGAAGGCCCCACCUGCACUCCUGACCUGGAAUAUCGUGAAUAAGAAAAUGCCCUGGAAUAUCGUCUUCCUGCUGGGUGGAGGCUUUGCUCUGGCCAGGGGCAGUGAGACAUCAGGCCUGUCCCAGUGGCUGGGGGAAAAGCUAACACCACUACAGGGCAUCCCUACUUCAGCCAUUGCCUUCAUCCUUAGUGUCCUUGUGGCUACCUUCACUGAAUGUACCAGCAAUGUGGCCACCACUACCCUCUUUCUGCCCAUCCUCGCUUCCAUGUCCCAGGCCAUCUGCAUCAACCCACUCUAUGUCAUGCUCCCCUGUACCAUCGCAUCCUCUCUGGCCUUUAUGCUGCCUGUGGCCACCCCAGCUAAUGCCAUCGUCUUCUCAUUUGGAAAUCUCAAAGUGUGUGACAUGGCCAAAGCAGGAUUUCUUCUCAAUAUCAUUGGCAUAGUGAUCAUCACGCUGGCCAUCAACACCUGGGGCUACCCCAUCUUUCAACUGGACCAUUUCCCUACCUGGGCCCAGAUCAACAGCAAUGCCACCUGCGGAGUCAACGGCCAAUCCAACACAAGCUUUGUCUCCCCUUAACCUCCCUGGGGAGGGAGGGGGUCUGCUUGGAGAGAUCCUCUAUGAACACAUGCUCCCAAGCCUUUCAGCCUCGGUGUGUGGACAGGCCUGGGGAUGGUGAAGAGGUAGCCUUUGUGUGUACAUUUGAAUGUGUUCACACAACAUGUGUGUGUCAUAGAGUGUGCAUGGAUGCUCCUGCAAUGUGGUAUGUUUACAAAGCACACCUCUGUCUGUGUGUGUGUCUGUGUGUGUGUGUUUAUGGGUGUCCGUGUGAUAGCUGAAUGAGGGUAUUUGGUGACAACACCUCCUUCAGUUUCUCCAAAGACACAGCCACAGCUCCUAUAUUUUGA